AAUGUCUAAACUGCCUGUAAUUGUUUUCGCAGUAAUCACUGUUGCUAGUGUCAAGUGUUUGGCGGAACAUUUAGAAGCUCCUGAUGCUCGUCCAAGCAGAACAGACGAAGUUGGUAAUUUUGAACCGGAGCCCGAAGAGCUAGAACGAUCAGCUUCGCCCCAAGUGUAUGCAGCGGUCAAUAGCAGACCGAGACCGGGCGUUUACGCAACACCCAACAAAAUUCAAUUAGUAGAAUGCUACGCAUGUACAGACUGUCCUACAAUACUCCAAAACACAACCACCAAGUACUGUCCAUACACCAACGAUUAUUCAAGAAUCAGCAAAUGUGUUGUUUACGCUGAAAAGUAUAUACAAUCCGACCGGCCCUUGUACAUCCGUGGCUGCGCUUCAGAACGAGGAACAUGCUCAGAAAUCACACGGGGCCACGAACAUAACGAGAAACUAGUCAAACUACUAUCCUGUGUCGACUGCGAUGGGGACAGAUGCAAUACCAACGGCGUACAUCGAUCAAUACCCGAUCUCACCACCGCGAUACUAGUCGUAGUAAUUUCUCCUCUGAUUUACAAAUACGCACUUUCGUAAAUCAUUAAUAUUCUGCAGGCUUACUUCCGGUGCUCGUGUGUUUUAGUUCGGUUUUUGAUUUUGAUUCAGCUCUUGAUUCGAUCGUGAAGUGGUACUAGAAAACUAAACCAAGUUCAAAUAGCGAUCCAGUGUUAUUGGCGCCGCGUCGUUAAUUUUCGAAUGAGCGUGGUGCAAAUUUGUGACAGUGCACGAAUUGGCGUUGUCUGGUUGAACAGUACCAACUCGAUCUUAAUUCGAUUCGGAGUAAGCCUACUAAUGAACAUUUCAAAAUGUAGACUCCUAAAUUCUGUCCUGUCUAUCCUCAUUAUUUAUUUUUGUUUACAACCCAUUCACUCAGUUUCAGACAAUUCCUAUAUCAAUAAAGCGAAAUUGAAUAAUGAUAAAAUGAGUAAUUUUUUUG